AUGGCGGUUCGGCGUUCCGCUCGCCUGCGUACCCAGGCGUCUCCCGAUAGUGACGAAUCUUCCCCACAGCCAGAUAGGACCACGCGACUUUUCUCUGUUGAGGAACGCGACGAGACGUCUAGCAAUGAUCAGCCCAUCAUGCGCACGCCUGUCACCAAGAAAAGCACCCAGAUACCCCAUUCCACACAGUCAUAUCAGAAGGUCACCGAGGCCAGAACCCCAACAGGUCUGCCUGCUGUUCGUCCAUCUUUAGAAGAUAUGCAUCCCAGCAAGGCACACCAGAGCACCACCAAGAAAGUUGACUCUGGACUCCUUCUCGGCUUCAACCCCAUUAAGAAAGAUGCCAAUGGAAAUGUCGUGAAGGAUGGCGUGAAUGAAAACACCCCCUCUAAGACCAAGCCUUCUCCCGCUGCUAGUCAGUACGGCACGCCUGGAUAUGAGUUCAAGUUUGGACAAGAGUCUCAACUCAGCGAUCAGGCGAAGCAACUGAUGGACAGAAUUCGUGAAGAGGCCAAGCAGACUAGAGCGAAGAUGGCACUGGAAAACUCGAACGGACAAGAAGAAGAGACUCAUGAGACCCAGGUUGAGCGGAAAAUCGCAAAGCCACGAGGCCAAGCCGGACGUUUCAGUGAUGUGCACAUGGCCGAAUUCAAGAAAAUGGACUCGAUCGCCAAUCACGCUUCGUCUUUCAGGGCAAGUCCCGGUAAAUUCCAGCCUGUGACGAAAUCUUUGAAACGCACAAAGUCCAAGGCUCAGUUGGACGAACCGGAGCCCCAAAACUCGUCUCCGUCACGAUCCUCCUCCUCCGCAAAGCGAUCUGCGGUGCCUACGCCUACUGCCACCGCCACCGCCAAGCGUGCCAAACCCAACCCAACAGACGAUGCACCAGAGGAUCACCCUGAAAACGGAGCCGUUCUUAAAUUGGAAGAAGCUACGCCCAAGAAGGCCGCCACUCCCAAGGCUAAUGCAGCACGGCCCCGCUCCACUAUUCGAAGCUCUCUCAUGACGCCGACCAGGGCCUCGAUGGCACGUUCCGCCUCCGUUUCUCUUAGUCUCAAGGCUCCCAAAACAUCAUUGAUUCCCUCGUUGGCGCGCUCCCCCACUACACAGGCAUUAGCAUCUCCACGGACUCCUCGAACUGAGUUCAAUCCUCGGUUCAAGAGUAACUUGCCAAGUAUCAGCAAUCUCAAGUCGAUUCUUCGCAGACGUCAGCCAUUGUUCUCUCGCGAUCCAGCCAAGAUUGCUGCUGGGACUCACGCAGCCGCCCCAGACUUCAAUCCUGAUUUACUCUUCGCCGGACAGGCUGAAUCGACGGGUGCCGCCCUCUCCCCCUCGCCGAAGAAGCACGUCGAAUUCACCCCAAGUGUCAAAUCUCGUCAUCAAUUAUUAGAGAAAUCUCCAUCCCGCUCUAAGAUUCCUACCACUCCGUCUCGCUCUAAUCUGUCCGAGAUUUUCUACCCAACUCUUCCUACUCUCACUCCCGAACGAAAAUCCACUGCUGAGGAUACAAACGACAACGAAGCCCAGUCUCCCACGAUUCGCCAUGUCCGCAAGUCCGAAGGUUGUGACUCUGCCAAUGUCUAUCCUGAGCUCCCUGUGGUGGCACACGGCAUCUCUCAUGGACUCAGCAACAAGAAGAGACGUCGAUCCGACGUUGAUGAUGAUGACGAUGUUCCAAAUGCUGAGGAUACUGAGAAUGUUCCUCCCGCCGAUGCCCAGCCUGACGAGCGCAGCACCAAGCGAAUGAAGGCGAACCCACCAACUCCAAGCCCUGUCAAGUCUCGCCCUAUCAAGACACCUGUCCGCUCCGUAUCUGGUCGGGUCGGUAACUCCGCAAGCGCAAGUGCUAAGAAGCGUCCGGGAAUGUUGAGUCUGAGUCGCUUGAAUAUGCUCUCCAAGCCCAAGGGACGAGCCUAA